GAGAAGGGAUAAAAUAGAAGGUUCUGGAUGGUCUCCACGGCGCUGGACAGCAGGUCCCGCCCCUUUCAGAGAUGGCCUCCAACUUUAACGACAUCGUCAAGCAGGGCUAUGUGCGGAUGCGCAGCCGCAAGCUUGGGAUCUACCGGCGCUGCUGGCUGGUGUUUAAGAAGUCUUCCAGUAAAGGACCUCGCCGGCUGGAGAAAUACCACGACGAGAAGUCGGCCUACAUCAGAACCUGCCCCAAGGUGACAGACAUCAGCGAUGUGAAGAACAUCACGCGGUUGCCAAGGGAUACCAAACGACAAGCAGUGGCCAUUGUUUUCACAGAUGACACGUCGCGCACAUUUACAUGUGAAUCAGAGCUGGAGGCAGAGGAGUGGUUCAAGACGCUGUCAAUCGAGUGUCUGGGGAGCCGCCUCAAUGACAUCAGCAUGGGGGAGCCAGACCUGCUCGCUGCCGGGGUGCAGUGUGAACACACGGAGCGCUUCAACGUCUUCCUGCUGCCCUGCCCCAACCUGGACAUCUACGGCGAGUGCAUGAUGCAGAUCACGCACGAGAACAUCUACCUGUGGGACGUGCACAACCCGCGCACCAAGCUGGUCACCUGGCCGCUGUGCUCCCUGCGGCGCUACGGACGCGACGCCACGCGCUUCACCUUCGAGGCCGGACGGAUGUGUGACAGUGGGGAGGGCCUGUACACCUUCCAGACCCGGGAGGGGGAGCAGAUCUACCAGAGGGUCCACUCGUCCACACUGGCCAUCGCCGAGCAGCACAAGAAGGUCCUGCUGGAGAUGGAGAAGAACAGCAGGUUGAUGUCCAAGGGUUCAGAGUCGGGCUCCUACCCGUGUACCCCAACGGCCAUCCUGCCCCGCUCCGCCUUCUGGCACCACAUCACCGGGAACCAGACGGGCAUGGACCCCGGCACCGAUGACGGCAUGGAGGACGAGUUGCUCUCCAGCACACACCUUUCUCGAGACCGCCACGCCUCCCUGCCGAUGGCGCAUGCGCACACACACACCCACAGCCAGCCCCCGCCGUGCACACACUCUCCGACACACUACCCCACCUACCCCGGAGAGUGAUGCUCAUCCCUGGGAAGGGGAAACGGAGGAACACAGGGGUAGGGUACAGAUACAUGAUAUUUACGCACACACACACACACACACACACGCACACGCACACACACACGCGCGCAUGCCCGCACGCACAUGUAUGCACAAACACACAUAUACAUUUACGACUUUGAUUUUACGCCAGAAGUGGUCCGCUGCACCAACGGACAACAGGGGCUGCCUUGCGGUCGUGGAGAGCUACAACCUUAAACAGAGAGUGGAAACAAGGUUUUUCCCCGUGGACUGUCAAAGAGAAAAUCCACCUUUUUUUUUUGAUGAUUGCUUAAUGGACCUACAUUUUCCCUAAUCCCACAGGACAACAUAUUGAACAAUGCUAGGCAUGUUAGUAUUUUUCCGUGACGGUCAUCAUGCUGGCUCAUCAUACAACAUGGCCGCCGGGGCCCUCUGUUUGGGUGGCGGGAUCGGACCCUCUGGUCCUGCAGAGAACCGGCGGCUGCUACAGCCUGACCCUAAAGAACUCUGUUCAGCCGAGUGAUGACAGCCCUGGUGGGUAGCCACCAACCAAUGAAAGACAACUGAUGCUGGCGAUAACUGGCAGGAUGUGCCUUUAGGCUCCGCCUACUGGAUUUGUUGGGCUAAACUCUGGAGCUUAACUGUCCCAAAACCACACGGUGGAUUGGAGCUCUUAAUUACCCUGCCUCCCUCUACGUCCUCUUUCCUUUUCUCCUUUCUUCCUCUGGGUCGGUUCCGAUAUCAGUCCGGGGUCUUUGUCUUAAACUACAACAAAACGCAUUUCUUUCUCUAUGUACCUCAUUGCUAGCUUCAUUUUCAACGCUAGACUCAAAUAGGCCUCAAAGCCCUCUAUUUCCAGACUCUCGCAGGUCCGUGUCGAAUGUGUGACUCUGUCUGUGUGUGUGUGUGUGUGUGUGUGUGUGUGUGUGUGUGUGUGUGUGUGUGUGUGUGUGUGUGUGUGUGUGUGUGUGUGUGUGUGUGUGUGUGUGUGUGUGUGUGUGGAGGUCCUCCGUGGCGUGGUUUACUCACUAAAAUGACCUUAAUAGAAUAGCCUAUUCAAACUUUUGUUUUUUUAGGUUCCAAAACCGUCAUAACCUCAACCCACCUCUCGCCGGUUCCUACUUGCCUUGUGUUUAUACUUCAGCCUGUGUGUAUGUGCGUGUGUGCGUGCGUUGCUUUGGUUUCUGUGUGAGUGUGUACGUGUGUAUUGAGACUGAACGGGUCCUUAAAAAAAUCUAGAACCUCUUAUUCCUCUUAAAGCUUGACAUUGCAACACACGCAUACUCCUUGCCUUCCAUUCCGCUCCAUUCCGGAAACCACCGCCAUUGUUUUGCUCUGUUUGUCUUGUUGUUCUUCUAUUGUCUAUCUAUGGGAUGUGGGGGCAUGAGGCAGCCACAAGGAGGAAGAGGAUGGAGAAGGAAGGGUGGGCGAGAUCAGGUGAUCCUAGUGCAAGAAAAGGAGGAAGGUCAGGCCAUGGAGGUGGAUUAAAAAAAAAAAUUGAACAUACACCAUUUUGUUUUUCAUCCCACAGUCCCCCCAAGUACGCCAUUUUGGAGACAGAUUUAUUCCAGAGGUCUGUAAACUGUAAAAACACUUUAAUGAAUUGAUAGAACCACCCCUACAGGUUGUGUCUGGGUUAGAUGCAAUCUGAAACAUGGGUUUUUGGGUCAGUUAUAACGUUCACUUUAUUCACUUUAGAUAUGUUUGAUUAAAAAACUGCUCACUUGGUGGUGAAAGGCAAAUUUUAACUUGGGACUACGAGUUAAAACAGUGCUUGCAUUUAAUGUUGAUGAUGACCAGAUGCCGAAUUUUGGUUUGGACAUUGACCGGGGUUGGUGUGAGCAAUGAAAGUUCAUCCCGGAAUUCUAAAGCAGGCCAAACUAGACUGUUUAUUUUUUUUAAUUCAACAUGAAAGGGCUUUAUUUCAUGUGUGUAUUUAAGGAAAGCUGUGUAUUUUCUGUGUGUGCCCGUUUGUGUACAUACUGUACAUGUGACUUAAUUUCUGCCUUUUGCUGCCCUCUUUUGAGACUUUUCUGUACAUAACUUUAUUUAUUUUGCAUUGUGUUACAUUGUGCGAGUGUGAUUACGUGAGACCGUGUGUGGGUGUGUUUGAGUGAGAGCGAGAGAGCGAGCGUGUGUGUGUGAGAGAAAGAUUGGGUGACACUGCAAUUGCUUGUGGGGAUUGUAUUGGUUGUACAUGCAUGCACUAGAGAGCUUUUAGAACAUUGUAUGGUUGACCAUGUUUGGGCCUCACGUGAUGGACCUGCAGGCACACGGUAGGAGUAGGUUCAGACAGCCCAUGGGUACGUUCCAAUAGUCAUUCAAUCGCUAUUACACACGCCCUCGCUUCCUUAAUCUCCCAAUGGUCUCCUCGACAACUCACUCUAUGCCAAUACGAAGUGAGAUAGAGAAGCAGCACUAAAGUGGAUGCUGAUUCGGCUUCGGACCGAGGGUACAUCAGUGUAUCCUACACGGGAAAUGCUUGACGUCUUUGGACUUUAUCCUAAGACAUAUGACCGUAUAGAAGCUCAGAAGGUUGUGAUUAGCCCGGUUCACCAACAGGUGAUCUCACCUUUUAAUGAUGCUGAGGAAGCUUAGCCGUCUCUUUAACUCACUGCUCCCGUCCUCUUGCUCCACCACAGGUCCCACUUGUUUCGGUGAGGGUAUAGGGUUGAGCAGUAGGGCGGAGGAGGUGGGAAAUAGAUUUGGAACGCACCCCAUGUUCCACCUCGACAAGUCUCCAUGUGUCCUUCGGCUUCUCUUCUUGAAUUUAAACUUGAAUCUUUUUUUUUGUAUUAUUAAUUCAACUUUGAAAUCACUUCCUCUCUGUGUAGAUGCCUGUACCCCGUGUAUUUUACUAAGAAAGGACAUUUUAUUGUACACUUUUGCUACAGGAAGCAAACGUAAAAACAGUAAUUUAAAUGUAAAGCAAAUUAGCAUAGCAUUGAAAAUGUUUGGACAAUGUCAUCGUCAGUUAGGGGUCCCGGUAAGUGGCACAUCUGUUAGGUUUCCUCCAGUUUAUAUUUUUUAUUUAAUGCACCAAUCAAAUAGAGUACAUGUUUGUGGUUGUAGCAUUUUAUCGUAUCCCGGUACCAGCACACACUGGUUGAUAGCUGACCUUUCCUUAGCUUGUAAGCAAGAGAAAAACGUUGCUUUUUUCAACCAUUUUAGGUCUUCACCAAGUGCAUGUUUUGGAGAAAAAUAAAUAAAGUUAAUUACAUAAUAAACAAAGUGUGUUACUCUAUUUUGUGUUGAUUUGUCAAUGUCUGGAUUUGAUUUAUACAAAACAUCGGUUGUGCUUUGUUACAUUUAACUCUCAUGUGGUUCUUUAGUGAAUGCAACUGACAGUAACUGGUUACAUGCAGCUGUAUUCACGACUGUUUCCUACGAUUGCACUUACAUACAACGACCAGAGGAGGGCAGUAU